AUCAACAACAACACUACAUUCUCUUCUUGACCCUAAAGAGACGAGAAGAAGGAAGAAACAGUUAUCUUAUUUUUCACCUUUUAAAUUUGAUUGUAUUCUUAAAGAUAGUAGAAUAAAUGGAAGCAAUGAAGAUUAAGUUUCACGCUUUAUUACUCUCGUUCUUACUUAUCUCCGGAGUCCCUUCAAUUCUUGGGUUAAGUAUGAGGUUGAGAGGCACUACAAGAUCGGAGCCGGAGGCAUUUCACGGUGGAGAUUUCGCGGAAGUGAAGAUCAGGAAGUUGAUGAUGGUCACAAACUUGGAAGUUGAUUAUUCAAGUGACUAUUAUGAUGGCGGAUCAUCAUCAUCGUCAGCAACAUCAUCACCAUCACCACCAGUGCCUGAUUAUGAUGAUAUCUAUAGAAGGCAAGGUGAUGUCCCAAGCCCUGCUAUAGGCCACUGAUCAUACAUGUCAUGCGUAUAUUUACACACACAUAUUACACAUUCUGUGUUUAUAUAUUUUCAUACAUACAUGUGUUGUUAAUUACUAUACCUUUUUUUUUUGUCCUAAAUAAGAGGUGUCUCUACAUACAUAUAUAUGUUGUUGCUUUUUCCUUGUUUCUGAUAUCUUUUAUUUGUUCAGAAAAAUAACUGGUGCUCUUAUUUCCUAUUGAAUUGUCUCAUUUCCUCGUGUUGAGAUGGGAUCUUUUCAUAUAUGUAAUAAAACUUCUUAGAUAAAACUGCAUUUGUCCGUUGUAAAAA